AUGGAAACUAAAGAUGGUUACUCCCAUGUUGUUGAUGAAAAAAUCUCUCAGUUAGAUAACUUAGUUGUGCCAAUUGUUGAUGAGCACUUAAAACCAAAAACAGGAAUGACUUUCGGCAAUUUAGAAGACGCUAAAAAGUUCUACAGAAAUUACGGAAAGGCCGGAGGUUUUAAUAUCCAUAAUAGCACAACAAAUUAUGGGAAGGAUAGAGAGUUAAUUUGUAAAAGUUAUGUAUGUUCGAAGGAAGGAGUGUUAAAGAGCAAAUCAUUGAAAAUUCGACGAUGUGGUACAAUUAGAACAAAUUGUAAGGCCUUGAUUCGCUUGAAAUUAGACAAAAACAUUGGCAUAUGGAGUGUCUACAAGUUCGUGGAAGAGCAUAAUCAUACAAUUACUUCACCGAGUAGAACACAUUUUCUAAGGGGAAACCGUGAGGUAACAAGUGCGAAAAAGACAUUGAUAAAGCAGUUUGGAGAGGUGAACAUUCCAAAAAACAAGCAAAUGACCUUCUUUGAAAACUCUAGCGGAGGUUUUUAUAGAAUUGGAUGCAUUGAGACCGAUGUGAGAAAUUAUGAAAGAGAUUUGAGAGAGGAGAGACGCGAUCAUGAUGUACAAAUGAUGUUGGAUCAUUUCAAGUUGGAACAAGAGAAGAAUCCUUUAUUUUAUUAUGUUUAUGAAGUUGAUGAAGAGAAGCGCUUAACUCAUUAUUUUUGGGUGCAUGGCAUUGCUCGAAUGAAUUAUCAACACUUUGGCGAUGUUGUCUCCUUCGAUGCCACGCAUAACACAAAUCAAUAUGGCUUGGUAUUUGUGCCAAAAAGGGUUGUUCUUAGAGAUGAUAAUAUUAUUGGAGAUAAUGCCACAAUUAAUUUUGCUUCUCGUUUUAGUGAACUAAAUUGCUUAGCUAAUGAAAUGGUCGAAGAAAUUGGACAAGAUGUGGAUGCUAUUAAUAAGGUGCAAUGUUUGAAACUCAUCAAUGAUGAAGAAAUUGGACAAGAUGUGGAAGCACCUUAUAGUCAUGCGGAGUGUUCUCAAGAUAUAGUUCAUGAACCAAGUCAAGCAAGAACAAAAGGAAGGCCUAAAGGGAAGAGGUUAAAGCCAUUGAGAGAGAUCCGCAAAUGCCGGCCUAGGAAAUGCAAAUUGUGUGGAAAGCAAAGACAAAAUCAUGAUAGCAGAAAUUGCCCUCUAAAGUUGUCGAGGUAG